AUCUGCACUAGAAAUAGUUCUUAUAAUUAUGCUUUCUUCUAUGCUUGCAUUUGCUUUAGUAUAUUGUUUACAAUUUUGUUGUCGUCACCAUUUGGCAUUCUAUUUUAAAAUGGCAAAACUGAGAAACGAUGUCGACGAUGAUGUUAUUUUCUUUAUCAUAGAGCUGGGUAUCAAUUUUUUUUUUAGUUUGUUGUUGUAAAGAAAGAUCAAUUGCCAACUUUGCUUGAGUUUUAGUGUGAUUCAUACCGCCCCUUGUCGGCUGGACCUGGUGGUAGAUUCAAUAACAGAGAGAAGAAGAAUGAUUGAUUAAUAUUCAAAAUAACUGGGCCGCUCCUAGACAGAGAGAUUCACAACAGCCUCAGACGCCCAAAGACAGCCUAUUUCUGGUUUCUGCAGUCCAGUUGCCAAUCCAAUCUCUUCUCGAACAGCUUGCUAUUUGGCCCAUCCCCAGUAGAUUAGAGUUUCGUGUUGAAUUGAAUCCAUUUUUACAACUUCAUGGGCAAUUUUUUCUUUAACCUUGUCCUUUUUCGAAUGCAUAAAUUGACUGUUCCACAAACGUUAUGUGUGAGGCGUCACCAAUCACCAUCUGCUGACAACCUUGCAUGCGUCUGUGGCAUAGUGACACCUGGGUUUCAACUUUCAAGCUUUCAUUUUCUGACCCUUCAAAAUCUUCAUUUGUUACUUAAAACUGUGAAUGAAACCCAAUUCCCAAAUGUCAUCUGCAACAUGAAUCAAGAUAAUGCCCAACCAAACCCCCACGCUACGUGGCACCAUGUAGGCCUCAAAAAUAGCGCAGUACAAACAAAAGAUAAAACGGCAUUCAAACGAUUCUAUUCUAUUAAUGAGAAAUGUGACAAAACUGUCACCUUCAUUGUUAUUGCGUGAAAUGUGCAAUGCAUUGAGCCAGUCGUCCACCACAACUGAUGAACUUCCCCAAUCCGUAAGUACACAUGUCCUCUCCUCUGUUUGCCAGCCUCACUCAAUCUCCGCCUAACCAAACACCGCUCACAAAGCUUCUUCGAGACUGGGAAUUCAUGGCUUCCUUCUCUGAGUCUCAUACAAGAAAGCCCACAUCUCCGUUACUGGUGUUUCCCUUUGCACUUCUCCUGUUCAUUCUCUCAUCCUCUGCCUAUAGCGACGACACGCUAUCAGCAUACGAGAUGCUUCAACAAUAUGACUUCCCAAUCGGCCUUCUUCCCAAAGGAGUAACAGGAUACGAGCUAGACAGGGACACUGGCAAUUUCAAGGCGUAUUUCAACGGAACCUGCAGCUUCUCCCUUGAAAACUCGUAUCAGCUCAGGUACAGAUCCACCAUAACUGGUGUUUUGUCCAAAGACAGGCUCAAAAAUUUGAAGGGCGUGAGUGUGAAAGUGCUCUUCUUCUGGAUCGACAUAGUGGAAGUGGUUCGAAAUGGCGAUGAGCUACAAUUCUCCGUGGGGAUUGCUUCAGCCGACUUUUCAAUUGACAACUUUGAGGAGAGCCCGCAGUGUGGCUGUGGAUUUGCUUGUCAACAGUUGGUGAGUAGCGCCGUGCCAUCACAUUCGGUGAGAGCACUUAUGAAGUCUAACUAACUAUAUGCAGCAGAAGUGAGUUAGGCCAGUUGCCGAGGACAGUAAGCCCAUCGCGUGCACCAUCUAACUUCGAGUCCCCAUCCCCCUUUUAGAUUAAAAGAGGGCUUUGCAAAUAGAGCAUUAGAGCUAGCCCUCUCUAUAUAAGAUCUGCUUUGUUGUGUGCAAUUUAUAUAUGUAUCAUGUAUGCACAAAUGAAUCAAAUGGAAUAUUCUUUGUUUUGUCUCUCAAAUUUAUCUAUAUGUAUGUUCCAACUUCCAUCUACCGUUUAGAGCCUGCAUAACCAAACAGUCAAAACUUCAUCCACCAUGUCUCCAAAGGAAACACUGCUCUGGCUAUCUCUCUUCCUUCUGGUCUCCUUCUCAACCCCAUCUGCAUCUGUCAACGACGAGCUGACAGUUUACGAAGUCCUGGAAGAUUAUGACUUCCCAGUUGGCAUUCUUCCCAAGGGCGCAUUGGGCUAUGAGCUAGACAACUCCACAGGUAAGUUCACAGUCUACUUGAAUGGCACUUGUUCCUUUUCCAUUGACUCCUAUAAGUUGAAGUACAAGUCCACCAUAACCGGUGUGAUAACGGAUGACAAGAUCUCGAGCUUGAGUGGCAUCAAAGUGAAGGUGCUCUUUCUGUGGCUGAGCAUCGUCAAGGUGAUUCGUGACGACGAUAAGCUCGAGUUCUCUGUGGGCAUCGCCUCCGCGGACUUUCCAGUCAGUAAUUUCGUUGAGAGCCCAACCUGUGGUUGCGGUUUUGAUUGUGUCAAUGGGAAGGGAAGGAAGAUUAAGAUCAAUAAUUUAGUGUCCUCGGCUUAAUUGAGUUAGUUUUCAAUUUUUCAUUGCCUAAAUGCAGUUUAGACAUGGCAUUAUGUUAGUAUCCGACUUUCAUGACUAUAUGAUCUGAGAAUAAAUUUACAA